AUGAAUCGGUUUAAUGAAAUUGCUCCAUCUCAGGAACCCAACUCCAGCUUUACUUACAGCGUAUAUAGCCCCGAAACAAGGGAAUUUAUUCAUCGUUGGCACACCAAGCGUGGUAAAAUCAUUGACUGUGAAACUUGUUAUGAUAUAACCGAACGUAACGAGCCAUUGGGAAAGCAUUAUGUAAGGAAUUCUUAUGUCACCAACUUGAGAAUGACACAUGAUGAGCGAGCAAAAUUGCGCGCGAUUAUCGACAAUGACACAAAUACUUUUAUAAUGAAACAUGAUAACGCUACUGAAGGCAAUAUGGAUUUUUUGGCAGCUGCAGCUAUCGAUGAACUUCCAUCCACUAUACGCAUACUUUUUGUUAUAUCCGAGAAAGUAUAUAUACAAACCUCAUUCUACGUAAAAAUUAAUAACUACAAUUUUGUUUUUGAAAGUACUGAGUUAGCCAUUGAGAAUCAUUUCGAUAUUGAUGAUAGUAUUGAUAUGUUAUUCAUACUGUUAUUGGAGAAGGUGAAGACUUUUAUGAAAUCACUUGGUUAUUUAAAUACCGACAACUUUAGAAUUAACCGUUUGAAUGUUUAUCUAAGAAUGGAACGAAGCAAUUUUAUUAAUGGUGUGAAGAAAAUGUCAUUACCCCGAAAAUUCCGCGUUAAGGGCGUAACUAUUGACGUCGACCCAGAAGAAUUGAAACGUGAAAAUGAAAAGAAAGAGAGCUGCAAUAUUGAUACUAUUACCGAAGCUUACUUGAACUAUAAAACUAGCGGAAACAAAUUCUUUUUGACGUCUUUGAAAAACGUGAAUUUGUAUUGUUUGCAGCUGUGUCAUACCUCUUUGGAGUUAUACACAGUACCUUUUUAUCUUGCUGGUCUACCUGCUAGCCGUAAAGAAAAUCGUGAUUUUGUCAUACUUGAAGAUGUAGAAGGUGACUUUCAACAUUUCAUGGAAAUCACUAAACCAGUGGAAUUCGCACAGAAUGAUGAUCCAAAAGCUAAGUUUACUUGCGAAAAGUGUAAUGUAUCUUAUGGUGAAAAGGCCAAAUUGAAUUUGCAUGAAGCUCUAAAUUGCGGUGACAAUUUCGAAAUAUUUGAAACUGAUAGUAAUUAUGAAGAAGAAUAUCCCAUACACUUCGAAAUGAAAACUCACAACGAAACAUGGUUGUUGUUUGGUUUAAGGAACAUUGAAAAAGAACUGCAAUUGAUGCCAGCUAUAGAUGAAGAACAACUACAACAAGAGCGAUUCCAAUUUAAAAAAAUACAACAAAUACAACAACAAAACAUAUUUGAUUAA